CGGAGCGGAGUAGGGCGGCACUCCGGGAGGCUCGGUUGUCGCCAUUUUGUUAGCGGCGGGCUGCGGGGGAGCGCGGGAGUAGCGGCCGGCGAGACGAGGCGGGAAGGGCCGGGGCUCGUCCGGCUCCUCCCCUGCUGGGGUGUAGAGGCGGAGACUGAGUGCGGCCGACCCGGGCCGGUAGGGGCGGCGGCAGAAGCGAGGCUGAGUAGAGCGGAGCCGAGCUGGGCCCGGCUAUGUCGGCGUUCUCAGAAGCGGCGCUGGAGCGAAAGCUGUCGGAGCUGAGCAACUCGCAGCAGAGCGUGCAGACCCUGAGCCUGUGGCUCAUCCACCACCGCAAGCACUCGGCGCUCAUCGUCAGCGUGUGGGAGCGGGAGCUGCGCAAAGCAAAACCAAGUAGGAAGCUGACAUUCCUGUACUUGGCCAAUGAUGUCAUACAGAACAGCAAAAGGAAAGGACCAGAAUUCACAAAAGAUUUUGCUCCGGUAAUAGUGGAGGCUUUUAAGCAUGUUUCAAGUGAGUCUGACGAGAGUUGUAAGAAGCACCUUGGCCGAGUGCUGUCUAUCUGGGAAGAAAGGUCUGUUUAUGAAAACGAUGUGUUAGAGCAACUUAGGCAAGCUUUGUAUGGAGACAGAAAGGUGAGGAAGCGCACGUAUGAACAGAUAAAAGUUGAUGAAAAUAACUGUUCACCUCGAAGUUCUCCCUCUGACCCUCCUCAGACCACAGAUCUCAUUAGAGCAUUACAAGAACUAGAAAACGCUGCCUCUGGGGAUGCAGCAGUUCAUCAGAGAAUAGCUUCUUUGCCUAUAGAGGUCCAGGAUGUGUCCCUGUUAGACAGAAUAACAGAUAAGGAGUCUGGAGAACAACUUUCCAAAAUGGUAGAUGAUGCAUGUAUGUUGCUGGCGGAUUACAAUGGCAGGUUGGCUGCUGAAAUAGAUGAUAGAAAACAGCUAACGCGAAUGUUGUCAGACUUUCUCCGAUGUCAGAAAGAAUUCCUUGCAGAGAAGGAACAUAAGCUGGAAGAGUACAAACGGAAGCUAGCCAGAGUGUCCCAGGUACGGAAAGAACUCAGGUCACGCAUCCAGAACCUGCCUGAUCUCUCUCGACUUCCCAAUGUCACAGGCAGCCACGUACACCUACCGUUUGCAGGAGACAUCUACAGUGAUGAUUGAUUACAAGAACAUCCUUCCAUAACCUCUACUUUUCUGUGAAAUGAGGGGUAGGUCUGACUGAUUGGUACUCUUGUAGUAGUAUUUUUGUAUAUUGUUGGAGAGUGUCAGUAAAAAUACUCUAAUAAUUUAUAAAAAAUGGUUUAAAAAGUUGAUUUGUUUACUAUUUUAUUGGCAAGUGAACAUAAGGGUACAUUUAUAAAAGUGGCAUCUGUGUCUAUUACACUGAAGAAUGGAUAAUUAUCUUAUCUUUUGUAAAGAUUUUAGUUGGGUGCCCUGUAAAAAAACCUGUUAAGAUUUUUCUUAUGUACUCUGUAUUUAAUGUAGGUCAACAUAUAAUCAACACAUACUUCUAACUUGAGACAUUUCAGUUGCUAGUGAGGGAGUUAAAUGUGGAAAUCACAAGGUUAUGUUUGCAAGAAGGUUGAUGCAAUUUAGUUGAAAGUUAAAAGUGAUCUUAUUGUCCAUUACAUAUAAAUUACCCACUCUCAAAACAAGUCAGGUGGGGUUUUUUGAAACAAUAGUUUGUAACCAAUUUUGUAUUGGAAAAUAUACAUCAUGUUACACUGAGCAGAUCUUUAAAUUACUCAAAAUACUGCAAUAUUUUAGUAUCAUUUAAAGCUCUACAUAAGAAACUGUACGACUGACCAGUUCAAUUCGCUUUAGAAAUUGUAACUUUUUACAGCCGCUUAGUUUCUAAAUUGAGGGACCAUUCAUUUGUACUCUAAUCCCUUUCUGCAACAUUCAUCUCCCUCUAAAAAGGUUAAUCCGAGAAACAUGAAGUCAUUUUACAGCUUUAAUUAAAUUGAAAGGUCAUUCUCCAAACUGUCCCAAUUGUUAAAUGCCCAUUAUUAACAUUUGACAGUGCUGUGUACUACAUGCAGCAACACAAUGAUACAGCCAUACUAUACAUCAUCUUUCACUGAGAAACCCUGGAGGCCUGUGUGGACUUCCAGCUGCCACCUUGACCAGCUCUAGACUGAGAGAUCUUGAUUUUCUUUCGCACAGAACAGGAGAGACAAUUCAGGCCUGUGUGUGUAAAAGUCAGACAGUGGAAAAUUAUUGCCCAAUGUCUGGUUUUAGAAGUUUUUUGCAUGGCUGGUAUUUAUACAAACCCCAAAUGUGGUAUUUAUCUACAGGUAGCUGAAUUUGUGUUAUACUUGUUAUACUAUGCACCAGCUUUUAAUUCACUUACAGAUACAGACGGGAAUCUAGCAGAUUGCCAGCAACUUUAGCUUUUUCAGUCAAUUAGAAUUAGGCAUGUAAUUGUUGAGCAGUAGUUUUUUAAAAAGCCUACCCAUACCGCUGGCAUAUAGAUUAUAUCGUCUGUGUAUUUAAGGAUUGCAGUUUGUUCAUGGGUUUGCACGUGGCAGGCAUUAUUUUGCAUCAGUUAAAUUCACAGUUUACAAGUUUUAAUACUCCUCCUCACAUGAAAGCAGGGUUUUUUUAGAAAAAUCUAUUCUUCAAAACUCAAAACAAUUCAAAAUAAUCCUGGAGCGAUAUUGUUGAAGAUAGUGAUCUGUCACUUGUUAUUGACUUCUGCAGGGCUAUUCGCUAGAGUGGAGAAUAAUCUUUCUCUUUAAAAUAGAUACACUUGACAUAAGCACCUCAGUCCAGUUAUCUUUUCUCAUGGAAGUUGCCGUGAAAUAGACCUCAGUUAAGUAGGACAAAACCACUAAAAGAUAAAAACAGGAGCUGUUGAUUUAGCAUUCAUAGCAUGCAAUGUAGAAUACUGAUUUCAUCAAAAAUUCUUACUGACAGGUAGGAAUGCUGAAAAUAGUUCAUCAGAGCUCACUAGCUGUCCAAAGAAUGUUAAGUUUUGAGUGCCAAUUUUCCACUCCAUAGGAAAAAAAGAGCCAACACCGUAUAGAAAUGUUGCUUCAGUUUAAGUCUAAUGUGCAAAAUUAAAUAACACAUGCUAGCAUCUUUUCAACAUAGAUUCUUGGUAAGAAAAUUAAUGUUCGGGUACAAUUUUAUUUUUUAAAUAUUUCUGUUCUGUUACAUUAAAUUCCGCUCAUAAAUUCCAAAAAACAUGUACGUGCAUUACAGUUGCAGUUAAACCUCAGCCUUGCUAAAGAAUAGAGCCAAAUUUGUGAUAUAUCUUAAAACAGCAUAAUCUAUUAAGACUUAUAAAACAAGCAAUAAGUCAAGAAGGAUAAACAGUGAGUUCACAGUUGAAUCCCAUCCAUAGAAAACUUAGAUUAAUUUGUAGCCAGUGGGGGUUAUAAAUGCAGUGGCAUGGCUUGGUUAGAGUGUAUACUUGGAUACUCAAAACCAUAGGGAUUUGAGCUUAAACAGUCUUUUGGUACCAUAAUUAAAAAUAAGUUGAAUGAUGAAUUUCCUUGCUCUCUCAAGAGUAUUAAAAAAGACAUGACACUUACUUCACUAGACUUGUUUUUCCUAUUCAUAACUCUUAGUGAUAAUGUUGCUUAUCUACAGAUAAUGUAGAACUGUUAAAAGAAUGAGGAAAAAUCUCAACUUCUUGAUGUAUAUACAAGUUUUACUUUUGAGAGAGUGUUAUUUUCUGGAUAUAUUUUUCUUUAUUUUACUGUGAAAU